UAAAAAAGAAAAGAGACAGAUCAAUUUCGAUCAUUUCAUAUAUAUAAUUUUUAAAUCUCAUUAUAAUUACAUCUAUCACGCCGUACGCAGAUCGAGUUUGUUUGGUUUGCUAAUAAUUAAGAUGAUCUGCAGGAUGAGAGAUUAUUCCUAUCACAAUUCACAACUUGUCUACUCCUACUCUACUUUACUGCUGCUGAUUAGUAUUCGUCUUGUUUCAGGCAUUGUCAGUCUAGAAGAUUAUUCAGCUCUCCAAUCCAUGAGGCAAGAAUUCAGAGGUAGCAUGAUGAUCAGAAAGAGUUGGAUAGACAGAAGUGGAGUUUGCUCGGGUGGUUGGGUUGGAAUCAAGUGCAGCAGCAAUGCCGAAAACGUGGUCUCCAUUCAGCUUCCGUGGAAAGGCUUAGGUGGCAGCAUCUCACCUGACAUCGGUAAUCUUCAGUCCCUUAGAAGAAUCAGCCUCCAUGACAACCUCUUAUCGGGUCCGAUCCCUCAAUCCUUGUGGCUCUUGCCCAACCUCAGAGGUGUUUAUCUCUUCAACAAUCGCCUUUCAGGUUCUAUCCCCGCUUCUCUGGUUAUUGGCUCCCCUGCGUUGCUGAAUCUUGACGUAAGCAACAAUUACCUCAACGGGACCAUCCCCUUGCACUUUGUUUCCAAUUCCGCCCACAUCUAUCGGUUUAAUCUCAGCUACAACUCCUUUUCUGGUUCCAUUCCCCCGUCUCUUUUUACUGAUUCCCUCACUUUCCUGGCUUUACAACAUAACAAUCUCUCUGGUUCUAUUCCCGCCGCCGCCUCUCCUUCUCAUCUGCGGCGUCUAACCCUUGAUCAUAAUUUCCUCACAGGCUCCAUCCCCCCCUCAUUAAUUACUCCUGCCCUUCAAUUCUUGGAUCUCUCCAACAAUGCCAUCAAUGGGGCCUUUCCUUCUUUUACUUCUUCUUCUAAUCUCUCCCUUGUGAUAUUGGAUAACAACCGUUUGAAUGGCCCGAUUCCUCCUGCACUUGGGAACCUCUCUUCUCUCACCCAACUCAGUUUGUCUCGCAAUAAUUUCAGUGGUCACAUCCCCGAUUCCCUUGUUCAUUUGAAGAAUCUUCGUUCUUUGAAUGUGUCAUACAACUCCCUUUCUGGGAGCGUUCCUGAUACCCUUCUAAACAAGUUUAACUCGUCUUCUUUUGUGGGCAAUAUUGACUUAUGUGUCUCAACGCCAUGCCCUUCUCCAUCCAAUAACGUUUCACCUUCUCCACAAGUUUCUUUAGACAAAAAACAUGAAACCCGAAAACUUACUACAAAAGACAUCAUUCUUAUAGCAGCCGGGGCCCUUCUGCUAGUUUUGCUCCUUCUAUGCUGUUUGCUUUUAUGCUGUUUACUUAGAAAGAGAGCAGCAAGGACGAAAUCUAACAAGGUCAAAACCGACAUUUCCAUGCCUGUACCAGUACCACCGGGUGGUGAAGCUGUCGAAUCAGGAGAAACCGGGGGGAAGUUGGUCCAUUUUUCUGGUAAUUUCGUCUUUACUGCUGAUGAUUUAUUAUGUGCGACUGCUGAAAUAAUGGGAAAGAGUACGUAUGGCACAUCCUAUAAGGCGACAUUAGAAGAUGGCAACAUGGUUGCAGUGAAGAGACUAAGAGAAAAAGUCACCAAAGCACAAAAAGAAUUUGAAACUGAAGUUUCUGAACUGGGAAAGAUUCGGCAUGCAAAUAUCUUGGCCCUUCGAGCAUAUUAUUUGGGCCCAAAAGGAGAGAAGCUUCUUGUGUUCGAUUACAUGCCUCAUGGAAGUCUUGCUUCUUUCCUCCAUGCUCGUGGCCCCAAAAGCGUGAUAAACUGGUCAGCAAGAUUGAACAUAAUUGUGGGUAUAACCAAAGGACUGGUUUUCCUUCAUAGCCAAGAGAACAUAAUCCACGGGAACCUCACUUCAAGCAAUGUGUUACUAGACGAGCAGAAGAACCCUGCCAUUGCAGACGUGGGUCUAUCCAGGCUUAUGACAAAUGCAGCCAACACCAAUGUCGUUGCAACUGCAGGUACAUUAGGAUACCGAGCUCCAGAGCUUUCAAAACUCAAAAACGCAAACACAAAAACGGAUAUCUACAGUCUCGGUGUCAUAAUGUUGGAGCUUUUGACGGGUAAGUCUCCUAGUGAGGCGACAGAUGGUCUAGAUUUGCCACAGUGGGUGGCGUCUAUUGUGAAGGAAGAGUGGACAAAUGAAGUAUUUGAUUUGGAAUUAAUGGGGGAUCCGGCGAAUGUAGAUGGUAAUGAGCUCCUUAAUACUCUUAAACUGGCUAUGCAUUGUGUGGAUCCGUUGGCUGAGGAACGCCCAGAAGCUCAGCAACUUCAUGAAAAGCUUGAAGAGAUUAAACCAGAGUUAUGUCAGACGUCCCAUGCUGCUGAUGUGGUUGAAGCUACAGAGGCUGAUUUGUUAUGAAAAAUAAACAUCAUUCUUUUGUAAGAUAUAUACAUAUAUAUAUAUAUAUUCUUGAUUGAUUGUAAAAAUUAAAGUGCGUUGUAUUGAAUUUGUCUAUUCUUUUUAACAUAACGAAUAAACUUCCCUAUGUUCAAACAUAAUGAUUAAACCGGGAUUACAACUUUUGAUCA